GAUGCUACGUGCUUCGUGAAGUUCCUGUGGGAAUCCCCCGCGUUUCUGUCAGUGCACCAAAAGGACUCGCGUCCGUCAGAUCAAGCCGUCGCUCGAAAAAAAAAAUACACACAGAGGAGCACAGCAAGUAUCCCGGAAGAAUUGUUAAAGUACAGCUGUAUCGUGACGACCGAGAGAAGACGACUCCCUCAGUUGACAGAUUAGUUUAGUUUAUCGUGAAAUUGAAUUCAAGGACAGAGAGCUGCACAAUCCUUCACGCAGAAGAAUCCAGUGAUCAGCAACCGAUUGCAUGCUUUUUUCGGAGCUCAACGAUUGGAAGACUCGAAAUGUCACCCUGAUAUGAUUGACCUAAGAUGUCCAUAUUUUUGGAAACAUUUCAACUUCUAAGGAAUGCACGAUUUUUUGGGGGGAAGCACUCAUCACCCUCGGACGAAGAUUCGCCGUUCAAAGAUUUUGAGAACGCCGUCGCUCGCGAGCGCUGCAGAAGGAUUUAUUUGCUAAUCGAAACAUCCGGUCUUUCUGCGGGACACCAUUAAAUGUUUGAUUAAGUAGAUUCACUCGGAGAAAAUUUAGAUGUAUCCCGAGUCGUCGAAAAAUGUCUUAACUGUCAACGUUACUUUCGUGCAGUGAAUGUGAAUCAAUUUGAAAAGUUUGAGAGCAGAUUAUCCAAUUGAUCGCGACCAGUCGAAGUUGUUUAUCGCUUAAGGUUGACGAUAUAUGCUCAACAAUCUACCAAAGAAAGCUUCGAAAGGUCUUGUUUAAGGGUACAGUCGAUUAACAAACCUUCACGGAGAGCCCUCAAACUCACUACCGAAGAUAAAUUAUGUAGAUACAUAGAAAUACCUGGGAAGAUCAUUGAAAUUAUUAGAAUCUUCGGAAAUACGCCCGUCAAGAGGAUGUUAGGCGGAAAGUUAUCUUAUCCACUUGAGAUAGGAAUGAUCUAUCAAUCUUUCAAUCCAUUAGAAAUCUCGUCUAUUCGCGAGGAAAGAAAUUAGAUUAAACAUCGUGGCAGAAAGCGAACGACUCAUGGAGAUGUCGUCUAAGACCCUGCACAACGAGCACAUUAAACGGCCGAUGAAUGCCUUUAUGGUGUGGUCGCGUGGUCAGCGUCGCAAAAUGGCACAGGAAAAUCCGAAAAUGCACAAUUCGGAGAUCUCGAAGAGGCUCGGCGCCGAGUGGAAGCUCCUGAGCGAGAGCGAGAAGCGUCCUUUCAUUGACGAGGCAAAAAGAUUGAGAGCUCUUCACAUGAAAGAGCACCCCGACUACAAGUACCGGCCGCGUCGGAAACCGAAGUCCCUGGUCAAAAAGGAGAACAAGUUCGGCUUCUCGAUAUCACCGCUGAUGUCGCCUGGCGACAGCUUGACCAGUCUACCGCGGGGUCUUCUGCCGUCGUUGACGCCUCCGACGCAUCAUCCAUUGAUGUCGCACGAGGACCUGAAGAUCCCGCGCUUCUUUCCGCCGUUCGCAUAUCCGCUCUAUCCGCUGCAGCACAAGCUGAACGACGACUUCAACGGCGGCAAGCUUGCCGCCGACUUGGCCCUACAGGCACUUUACUCCGGCAGCCCCUUUUACCCGAGCCACCAAGCGAUGUCUUGGCCGAGCCUGUCGGCAGCCGCCUGUCUGCAGCCCAACUGCAGCUGCCCGAGUCCAUCGAAGGAGCCCAAGAGACCGAUCCCGUCGUCCAAGAUGGACGACCCGCCCUUUCCGAGCCCGGCGAGGGCCGACGACGACGCCGUUGUCGCGGAGCGGGAAGAAUCCCGAUACCGGAAGCUCGAAGUGGACUUCUCGAGCAGUCUGGAGAGCCAUCAUCAGCAUCAUCCCCAUCAGCAGCAUCAUCAUCAGGAGGACCGUUCCCAGGAUCGCUUCUCCUCUUCCUCAUCCUCGUCGCCGCCCACGGAACAAUUGGAGAGAUCGACGACGACGACGACAACGACGACGUCGUCCUCGUCGUCUUCGACAUCGAGCGGCAGGGUCGACAGCGCUUUCUCCGUUCAAAGUCUCACGUCGACCUCCAGCAGCUCGAACUCGGGCUCGCAGCGCGGACACGUCAUAUGAAGGCCGCUCCCGGUUCUCCCGGACCUGA